AUGUUCGCCCUGGAAGAGCCUAAGUCGAGAAAGCGACUACGGUCCUCGCACGAGUCUGCGGAUCUCGAGCCGCAGCAGGUAGCAAAGAAGCCAAAACUUCCUUCCGAGGAGAGCUGCGUUCAGCCGCACCAUCGGCCUUCCAGCUUCUGGGACACGUUGUCCAGGAUUCAUCUGAGUCGUACCGCUCUCCGGGAGUUUGACCGCAGGAACAUUCAAGAGACGGGUCAGCGGACUUGCAUACCAACACCAAAGGUCGGAGAUCCUAGAGGCCGAGCUCGCCUACUACUCAAGAGGUUUGCUCGUCGUGGUGGGCCUGACUUAUCACACCUUCGAGGGUUUACCAGCAUACCUCCUCCGGUCGUCGACGCAAUGAGCGAUUAUAUCGGUUCUUCAAGCCGGAAACGGUCUUCGACCUCGUCGAGAACCAGUGACUCCAAUAAGACGGCCCCUACCAAGACCACCCCGUACAGUGGUAAUUUUGAGCAAAAACUGAUUGACACUGGCGUCUAUCCCGAAGAAUACGAACAUCCCGAUGGACGUCUAGCGCCUGAACCGGUGAAUAUGAGCGAUAUCCAGGCCGCACAACGCGUCCCUCGGGCAUCUCUCUCUCCAUCGCGAUUUACAGAUGAAGACUUCAGAGCUUUCAAGCGGGCAAAUGCAAGAGCAAAAGGAGAGACUACUGGAAUGUAUAAUGUACUCCCUUUCAUUGCCGGAAAUGAGGUAACCCAUUGUUUCGAGAUGGGCCUGCCAAUGGGCAACCUAAAAGCGUUCGAUAAGGGUCUCAGCGACCCUAAACCCGACAUCUAUUACGGAGCGGCACUCUCGACUAUCCAUCCGCGGGUUCGUGCUGACUUAGGACAAUAUAUUAUCCCAUCGACGGUCGACACGACUCGUCCUGCCGCUCCGAAUUUCUUCGUCGAGGGUAAGAGCACUCAAGGGCGAGCGGAUGUGGCAAAGAGACAAGUCCUGAUUGAUGGAGCAAUCGGAGCUCGAGCCAUGCACGAACUCCAGAAUUACAAAGCUGAGGAGCCGAAAUAUGAUAAUAAGGCGCGCAGCUUUUCCGCUACCUACCAAGAUGGCUAUCUUCAGCUUUACGCACACCACCUCACACAGCCUCUCACUCCUGGAGGGGAGCCAGAGUAUCAUAUGACUCAGACAGAGUCAUUUGCGAUGAAGAGCAGCAAAGACGCAUUCGUAAGAGGCGCAACGGCCUACCGCAGCAAUCGAGACCUAGCGAAGACAGAGCGGGACAGCUCCAUUGCCCAUGCCAACCAGGUGGCUCGCCAGAUGCCUGCGCCCAGCCGCAACACAAGUUUGACGGACAGUCGCACAUCCCAGUCGACGGUCGUUCUUACCGGGUCUGACAGCUCCGAAGACGAGCUGGCUCGCGACGAAGUGACUCCGGUUAAGCGCUUGAGACCCAGUGGUCGAUUACCAGAGCACCCUUGA